AUGGCAGCUACGGCAAUACACAGGUUCCCCCAACACAAAUACGUAGACGCAGUUCGUUGGCUUCCUCAGCUAUCUCCAUUCGAUCGGUUCGCAGUUCUCGCUCUAUUCGACUUCGAUUCGGAUGCUUCCUCCAUCCAAAUCCACUCUCUCACCCCAAACCCCUUCUCCUUCCAACCCCAAUUCUCGUCGUCCUUGCCUUCUCGCAUUUCCUCUCUCAAGACCUCGCACUUCCUCCUGAAGCCCCUCAUCGUCGCUUCCACCGCCGCCGGCUCUCUUCACUUCAUCUUCGCCGAUUCCUCCUAUUCCUCGCUCGACUCCGAGGUAUCGGUUCCCGAGGGCGCUCUGCAUUCCGUCCCCGCUUCUUCCGUCGACCUGAUGGACGGUGGCGUCGAGUGCGUCACCGUCGGGGAGGAUGGGAAGGUCAACAUGGUUGGCGUUGGGGAUUCCAAUUUGAGUUACCGGAGGUUGUUUGAUAGCGGCGGCUUAGUGUCGUACACGGCGGUGCGGUGGGCCUCGCCAAUGGAGUUCGCCACCGGUGGGUACGGUUUCAGCCUUCAGUGGUGGGACCAACGGAAACCGGGAGGACCGGUUUCUCAGUUUAAGGGUAACUGGGAUAAAAAAAUGAGUUCAGGGAUUGUGCACUCGAUUGACAUUCAUCCAUCACGAAAGCACACUUGUCUGGCUGGUGGCUCCUUGGGUAGUGUGUUUGCCUGGGAUCUUAGGUGGCAGCAACAACCAAUUAUACUUUCUGGGGCUGGCAACACAAUGGUCCAGUCAAUAUCUGAAAGUGAGGUUUGGGAGGUUCAGUAUGACCGUUGCAUAAAAUCAAACGCUUCAUCAAGCCGGAUCUUACCUUCCAUGAUCUGCUCCGAGGAUGGAAUUCUCGCUGUGAUUGAGCAAGGUGAGGAACCUGUUGAGCUUCUGGCUGAACCUUGUGCCAUCAACAGUUUUGAUAUUGAUCGACAUAAUCCGUUGGAUGUGAUAUGUAGUUUGGAAUGGGAAGCCGUAGCCAUAUUGACAAGACAAUAA